GCUAUGAGAGUGCACGCGUGGCUUUCCAUCUCUCCCUCGCAAACUCUCCUUUGCCCACUCUUAUCUUUCUUUUGCUCUUAAUCUAUCAGGGAUUCUUUCUCUCCUUUUUUUUUCUUCUUUUAAGCUCCACAUGCACUCGCUCUGUGUGCCACUCCGACUACUGCAGCAGUCCACCAGCCAGCGUCAAGUCUGACAGCCGCACACAUGGCUAACAGCCACAACUUACUACCUCAGCCCCGGAGAACGAAAUAACCACAACAAAAAAACGCCAGCAGAAGGACGCUUCAGGAGGCAGCCCAUGGGGCAAAACAAAAAGCGAAGAAGAGAAUUCCCAACAUUUUCUCUUGUUUAUGGAUACAGACACGGAACCCACUUCCACUGUUGUCCUCCCAGCGUCAUCUUUUCGCUUCUCUCUUGUUGCAGGAGAGGACAAGAGUGCUCUCUCUCUCUCUUUCCCUCUCUCUUCCGUCAGCCUUUUGCAAAGCUCCGACAGUGCAGCGUAUCCCCCCUCCACCCCCCUCGAGCCCCUCAGCCCUCCACAACACCGCCACCAUCUCUCCCACCACCCUCUACCCCCUUCUCUUCCCCCCCCCAGGAGGAAUAGACGGAUUACUGCUAACUGUGCACUCGGCAGCAUGCAGCUGCUCUGACCGGGGCCAGCCCAACGUUGAGAGGAAGCAAGAGGAAAGCAGAGGAUGAGCGAAAAGGGUGAUGACUGUGCCGGGAGUUCUUUAGUCUUUUUUUGUCUCCCACUCUCUGUCACAACAGGGCUAAUCAGCGACCGACAAGCCCUUGGCAAAGUCACAGUAAGGGAGGUCUCUCACCCAAACAGGCAACCAACCAACGAGCCAACACAUGUACCAGGAGAUGACAGAGAGGGGGAUUUUUGUCUUUAAUUUCAGUUAGUCCCAUCUUUUCUGCUCCUCUGUGGCAAUCAGCUACGUAAUGGAUCAUUGUGAUUUAUCCACGGUGGAGCAGCAUUUUGGAAUCUGCAGCCCGGCAGGAGGGGAGUCAGUGGAGGAAGAAAGGAUCUAAGCACCUGCUAAGAUUUCAUGGCCUUACCUUUUGCUCUCAGUGUUUUCUUAGCUGGUUUUUGUUUUUAAAUUUGAGAAGACAUUUUAUAUCCUUGGCUAAAAAAAAAAAAGAAAGAGUUGCAUGACUUUUUUCAAGAGACGGGGGACAAGAGAGAAUUUAUCUUCUGUCGUUUGAUGGAAAGGAUUUCUCAGUUAAUAUGACUCAUGGCUGUUGCUUUUAACUUUUGGGAAAAUGGAGCACCUUUAAACUAAUGAGCAUCUUCCUGCACUGUCGAUGGAACUUGGGAGCCUUGAGCUGCUCCAGCCAGGCUAGGGUGGUCUGUCCUUCGGUGUGUCCCGUCUCCCCCCACCAUGCAGAAUAAUGAGCCCUCCACACCAUGAGUCCGUUGGCGCAGGUUAAUGUGCAGUCUACCUGGAACACAGCCCUGCUAGCCGUGGUUUUCCUCAUGGUGCCUGCUCUUAGUAUGUGCCAGUCCACAGGGCCGGAGUUGGGCUCAACAAUUCCACAGAACUGUCCAGGUGUUUGCUCCUGCACUAACCAGCUCAGCAAGGUGGUGUGCACCCGCAGAGGCCUGAUCAGGGUACCUCCGAACAUCCCAGCCAACACCAGGUACCUGAACCUAAUGGAGAACAGCAUAGAGACCAUACAAGCAGAUACCUUCAGACAUUUGCAUCAUCUGGAGGUGUUGCAAUUGGGCAGAAAUGCAAUCAGGCAGAUUGAAGUUGGGGCUUUCAAUGGUUUGACUAGCCUCAAUACCCUGGAGUUGUUUGACAACAGACUAACAGUCAUACCAAGUGGAGCUUUUGAGUAUCUUUCAAAAUUGAGAGAGCUGUGGCUCAGAAACAAUCCAAUUGAGAGCAUUCCCUCUUAUGCCUUUAACCGAGUUCCUUCACUCAUGAGACUAGACCUGGGAGAGUUGAGGAAGUUGGAGUACAUCUCUGAAGGGGCUUUUGAGGGCCUUCAUAACCUCAAGUACCUGAAUUUAGGGAUGUGCAGUUUGAGGGAGUUUCCAAAUUUGUCACCUCUCUUGGGACUGGAAGAGUUGGAGAUUUCUGAAAACGUUUUCCCAGAGCUAAAGCCCGGGGCCUUUCGUGGGCUGAAGAAUUUGCGUAAACUUUGGAUUAUGAACUCUGCUAUCACCAUCAUUGAGAGGAAUGCAUUUGAUGACAUCACUGCUUUGGUGGAGUUGAAUCUAGCCCAUAAUAAUUUAUCAUCCCUGCCCCAUAACCUGUUCACCCCUCUACAGUACCUGGUGGAACUACAUCUACACCAUAACCCUUGGCGCUGUGAUUGUGAUGUCGUUUGGCUUUCUGGGUGGCUCAGAGAAAAUAUACCCACAAAUUCCACCUGUUGUGGACGCUGUCACACUCCAGUCCAGAUGCGAGGAAGAUACUUAGUGGAAGUUGAUCAAACAACGUUUCAGUGUUCAGCACCAGUCAUACUCGAUGCUCCAAGAGAUCUGAACAUUUCUGCUGCAAGGGUGGCGGAAAUGAAGUGUCGUACAGCAGCAAUGAGCUCGGUCCGAUGGCUUCUCCCCAAUGGGACUGUGUUAACCCACAGCUCAGCUCAUCCAAGGAUAUCUGUUCUCAAUGAUGGGACGCUCAACUUUUCCAAUGUUCUCCCUUCAGACACGGGAGUCUACACUUGCAUGGUGAGCAACAUGGCAGGCAAUUCCAAUGCUUCUGCCUAUCUCAAUGUCAGCAAUGCUGAACUUAACACUUCUAACCUAUCCUACUUUACAACUGUCACAGUGGAAGUGUUAGAGCCCACAGUGGAGGAGACCCCUAAGCCCAAGCCAACUUUACCCGCUUCACCCUCUGUUUUUCAACCUGUGUUCAUCUCCACACCAACUGUGCUGUUCCAAAAUACUCAAACUCCAAGGCAGGUAUCAAUUCCUACAGCCAGAGUCCCUAGUGGGCCACCUGCCAGCCUGGAUGAGAUGAUGAAAACCACAAAAAUCAUCAUCGGCUGUUUUGUAGCUGUUACAUUGCUGGCAGCCGCCAUGUUGAUAGCUUUCUAUAAACUGCGUAAGAGGCAUCAGCAGAGAAGUACUGUGGCUGCAGCCAGGACAAUAGAAAUCAUACAAAUGGAGGAAGAGGUUCCACCUGUUCCACCACCUACAUCCGGAUCUAGUGGCUCUGACGAAACAGGUUUGGUACUGCCAACAUUAGUGGAACACAACAGCAACACAUUUAAACCUGGAUAUGUGUCUUCUUCCUCUUCAUCCCGUCAAGGGAACUAUGGGGCUCACUGGACCCAGAACAACUCUCUCCAUCGCUCAGUCAGACAGCACCACAGCCACAUCAGCAUCAUUGCUGAUCCCUAUGUCAUAAUGACCUCUCACGGCAAGGAGAAAGUUCAAGAGACCCAAAUCUGAAUUACGCUCCCUGUGGAUCUAUUUAUGACUCGGUCCAAACCUCUGUUCUCAAAUCUGCUCACCAGUCCAUGCAAUAUAAUGCACAAAGAGCAAAAUGUUAACUUUCUUUUGUACAGAAGUGCAAAACAGACUUUUUUUUCUUGUACAUGCCUAUACAUAAAUAUAUAAAUAUGAAAUAUAUAUAUAUGACUGAAACUCCAGCCAGACAUUGGUUAAAAAAAGCAGAAUAUAUCAAGAAAGAAAGUAAUUUGAAACUAUUUUCUAAUAUCUGAUGACUUCUAUUUAAAAAAAAAAUAAUAAUAAUUUGCUUUUCUGACUGAAAGUAGAGAGUGGUACUGUCUAAUGUAAGUAAAGAGGCAUUUAGUUUUUUUCACCCCAUUUAGGGAAAAGUAAAACUCUUCGUAAAGGCACCAGUUUAUAAUUGCAAUUUAACAUGCAAACUCCUGUUUUUACUGUGCCAAAUAUGCAAUAAAACGGAAUUCCUUAACUAAGGAACAGAAAAAACAUUAUUAAAGUAAUGAUAGACAUAAACAUUUGUCCUAUAGCAGCAAAAUAGCCGGGAUAAAUUGUGCUGUUUGGUAGCUAUCAGCCAAAUGCUUUUGGACUGCAGUGAAUUUCUGCAGCUAAGAAUUAACUCUGUGUUUGCUGGCGCAACGUUGUAUUACUUUAGACAGUGCCAGUGCUUUUUUUGUUGUUUUGUAGCGCAUCUGAACAUGUUUAUUUGAUGUGUACAUGAUUUUCCACUGGUUCAACUGGCAAAGGUGACAUGCAGUCUAAUAACAACUGUUGCUAAAAUUUUAUUUUCUGUCAUUGGUUGCAUUUUGUAUUCUCCCUUUAGGUUUUUGACAUGCUUUUUAAUGGCUUGUGUAGUGUUUAGGGCUAGUUUAGUAAUGCAUUACAGCAGUUGCCUGACUCGUCUCUGCAAGGGCUCAUUCCAAUGCUAAUUUUUCAAAAAAAUAGACAUGUUGUGCAUUAAAAUGGAGCUUUGCUGA